UGGUUAAGUGGGAAAGGCGCGUUCCCUUUAAGAAAGACACGUCAAACACCAACCUAAACAAUCAGCCCUGCCUCAGGAAGCGCCCAAAUCUACCAGAGGAUCUGACUCAACAAACAAUCAAGCAGAGCUCGUUUGUUAAAGUUUCCAAGCCGAAGUCACUGAUCUCACUGUGGAAGAGGCUCUGAGGGAGGUGGUUAUAACUAACCUGAGCCGGAGCCGGGUUGUGGAGUGAAUCCACUCGGAAUGACCUGGAAAGUUCAGCUUGUGUUGUGGGUCGCGCUGCUCCCCGCGAUCUCAACUCUCGAAGACGAUACGAAACUAAAUUGUCAAGGCAGUUUUACACCCAAAACCUUUGCUGGUAAACGUAUUCAAUGCAACGAUAAUGUGAAUGGGCAUAACUCACAGCAGAACAUAACUGGAACUUCAUCAAGACAUGGAUUUAAUACAUCUUCACAACCUUCAACCUUUAAGCGUUUGGCGGUUGAAGUUUCUGAGUCAGUGAAAUAUUACCUAAUGAAUUUCUGGACAACUUUAGUGAUUCCUUUUGUUUACACCUUUGUUUUAAUUACAAGCUUGCCUCUAAACCUUCUGGCAAUCUUAAUAUUCCUCUUUAAAAUGCAAUUGACAAAACCAGCUGUAAUUUACAUGAUGAAUUUGGCAGCAGCAGAUUUGUUAUUUGUGCUGAUGCUGCCUCUGAAAAUCGCUUACCAUUUUUCUGGUAAUAACUGGGGAUUUGGCUCUUUCCUGUGCCGGUUAGUUACUGGUGGUUUUUAUGCUUAUAUGUACUGUUCAGUGCUAUUGAUGAUGUGCAUAAGUAUUGACCGAUUUCUCGCUGUGGUUUAUCCUAUACGAUCUGCCUCCUGGAGGACCCGGGGCCGUGCCAUUGUACUUUGCCUUGUCGUUUGGCUUGCAGCUAUUGGUGGUGCUGCACCACUUCUCCUUACUGAACAAACGGUGUAUGUUACUGAGCUGAACGUUACAACCUGCCAUGAUGUGUUACCUCUCUCUACACUACAAAACUAUUCCAGCUACUAUUUUCCCACUUUGUGUUUUCUGCUCUUUGUAAUUCCCCUGCUUGUGACCUCAGUCUGCUACAUAUGUAUUAUCUCAACUCUCUGUUCUGCAAACGAGACAAAGCAGUGUGGAAAGAGACGUGCAUCAUUUCUGGUUAUAAUUGUGUUUUCUGUGUUUAUUAUUUGUUUUGCACCAACUAACAUUAUUUUGCUCAUACAUUAUCUUCAUUUUUAUUAUGCAGCAAGUGACUCUCUCUAUUUUGCUUACAUGCUUUGUGUGUGCAUAGGCAGUUUGAGCUGUUGCCUUGACCCUUUGUUUUAUUAUUAUGUCUCAUCAGUCUUCAAGAGUAAGUUGCAAAAUCUUCUUUAUCCUAGGGAAGUGGCUGGUCGUCAAAUAAAAGAAGUGAAUAAGAAAUUAGAAACUUUAACUCCCAUUCAUUACAUCUACAGAAAGUUGUUGAUCACAUGAUGUAUAGGUCCUAAGGGGCUUUUUUUUUGAUAAUGUUACAAAGGACAACAGACAUGGCUGCCUCAGGGAUAGCAUCAGCCAGCUAGCAAAGAUCGAAUUAGUUUGUAUUAUUCUUUAUACUCUGAACAAAACAUACCUCUCAUCAAACCUUAGUCUUAGUUUUGCAGUUCUUCUAAAAAAAACUUCUGUGCUUUAACCCUGACAAGUUUGGGUUUCAUCUGUGUAUUGUAAGUUCAGACCACAGUAUUAAUAGUAAUUCAAAUGCUGGUGUUAGGUAUUUUAACCGUUGAACUGCAAGUGUGCCAUAAGUGGUAUCCUACAGACUGGACCAGAUUAAAUUGCUGUCUGAGAACAGAAGGAAGUACAACCACAGUCUAGUUUCCCAAUAAUACUGCUUUAAAAUCUCUGGUCAAAUAAUUUCCAUUCUGUUGCAUUUCCUUCAUCCCCCUUCCUUUUAGGUUUGAGAUCAUACCAGUCAUAAUUCGCAUGUCAAUUUCAUAAGCUGUAAAAUAACUGAUCUUAAAUACUGAUGAGAAUGAACCCUUUGUUUUAUUGUCAUCAACUGUGGACUCGGCUAUUCAAUCAAACUUAUCCGUUACUGUAUUUACUCGGCCAACUUCGAACACCUUUGCAUCUGCAGUAGAGCCCAUCAAGUGUCAUUUAAAAGGCUCUCCAUGUAAAAUAUAAAACAGAUACGGCUCGUCAGAGAAGUGUGUGGUACAAGUGCCACAAAGCCUGAUAAUGCAAAACCAAACACAAGAAUUCUGUUGCACCAAAACCUUCCACAGCUGAUGAAAAGAGAAAAAUUACACUUCUACUGUAAUGAGAAACUACACUUCUGGAGUUAAGAGUGAUUUGGAGAGGAAGGAGAAAUUUGUAUUUUAUGUCUUGUUUGCAUUUCUUGAUAUUUUCACAUACUGUUAAAAGGUAACAAUAAAACACUUUGUCUCAAUAAUAUAGUUAAAAUUUGACCAGUACCUCUGAUACUGCAAAAUGUGUGAGAUUUGUUCUGAUGAAAGAUCAUCAGCCUGAAAUGUUUGCUCUUUUUCUCUUCAAAAAAUUUCCUUGACCUGCUCAGUAUUUCCAGCAUUUUUAUGUCCACAGUAUUUUGCUUUUCUUUUUGUGAUUUGUUGAGACAUAACACUUGACCAUAUUAACAGAUGUAGUUCAUAAAAUGAAAAUAUUAAAUAAAUCCAUGUUUAAGCUAAUUCCAAGUUGGAAAUGUAACCAUGUUUGUUUAUUUACAUAAGAUGUAAAAUUGUUCCAGAUGAAUUUCUGCACUGUUAAAUCUACAGUAUAUUUGGUUAAAUAAAUGAUAAUUUCUAAAACAA